UGCCUAACAAUUAGUUGGAAUUUCACCGGAAAUGACUCCAGGGUGGAGUUCUCCAACCAGACUGUGCUUUUCCAGGAGAAAUUAUUCGAAUGGCGAGAUUGUGUUGUAAACUAUACGGAUUACAAUGACGAUUUAUUCGAAAACGGAACCAUAUGCGGAUAUUGUAAGACACAAUUCAACAACUUAUUUUCCUUCUACUGGGACAUCUAUGUCAAACCAGGAGUUGAAUUCUGUGUGGAUGUUGAAACCACGGUAUGUUACCGGUUCUCCGCGUAUACUUCUUCUUAG